ACCUAAAUUGCCGCAGCGGCAGCAGGCUCUUUGGCCGUGACACAUCUGCGAUGCUUCCACGUCGCAAGGAGCACAGGAGAACGUCUGGCAAACGGUCGUAACUGUCAUAGCGCUGCUUUGUCGAUACGGAGCUACUUCACCAGGCCAGUGUCACAAUUGGUGACCUCCGAAUCAAUGAUAGGUCAAGUAUGACUUAACCGACACGAACGUCUUCAGAUCAGCUGAUUACACCGUGUCACAACUCAAGCAGAAAUAAAACUCCCGACCCUGGAGAAAGGCUGAACUUGUAUUUCAGCAACGUGUUACCGUAGCAUACGUGUUUCCUUGUUCUCGAGAAGCUAUAUUUCUGUAGAGAUUCCCUUCCACUAUCAUUGAGACCCAUCAAGAGCUUCCCGCAGUCAUUUGCUGAUAUUUCCUCUGGUUCUUUCGUGGUCUCGCUGUGUGCGUCUUGCUGUUAUGGUGCAGAGGGGUGGGUGGUUCCUAUGUCGAAGGAACGCCUUUCUGGUGAUGAGUUUAUCCCAAGCAGUUGCAUGGACUGUGAUGUCCACACUGCUGUGUUCGCUGAUCUGUAGGCCACUGUCAGUCUCUGUGGCAUCGGCACCAGCGUCACGGCCCCCUGCGCCUCUAGCCUACGCAGACGGUUCAACGUGGUCGUCAGUCCGUGCCUCUUAUCCUGGCGUGCUGGCCAGAGCAAAACGACAGGCAGUUGGUGGGAGCUUUGCUGAUAUACUGAAUGGGAGAGUGGAUCCGAACUGCACUGCUGAAGACGAGCAAGGAUUUAUCUGCCCACUGUUCGCACGCUGCUAUAACUUGCCAGAUGGACUGACAUGUGUUUGUGGAGAGCCCACUGCUGGCAUGCCAUGCCCCGGAGAUUUAGAUGAGUGUUUCGUGGGUACGCACAAUUGUGGCUCUGGUGGCCGCUGUGAGAAUAACUUCGUCGGCUUCAUGUGUUCCUGCGACAUGGGAUAUAUGCUGGACAGCACCGCAGCAGAACAGUGUGUAGAUGUGAAUGAAUGUGCGGAUUCCCAGUUGCCAUGCCACUCGAAGGCAACAUGUCUGAACUCCGUGGGCAGCUACAUGUGCCAGUGUAGCUCUGGUUACCGUGGCGACGGGUUUGAAUGUACAGAUGUGAAUGAAUGCGAUGUGGAUCAGUUUGCGUGCCAUGUGAACGCAGUGUGUGAGAACACACUCGGCAGCUUUCGAUGCCAGUGCGCGGAGGGUUUUACGGGAGAUGGAAGAAACUGCUUAGAGAUACCAGCUCCACAAACAACAGAAGCGGCAAUACAGAUCAGCUCCCGGACUAACCCAUCCGCAACUCUCGCCCCGAUUUCUGCUGCACCCGCCCGGCCCGAGAUCACGACCAGGACCAGUGGUGUUGACGUCAUGACCUUGGCUGCGGACGCUAACGUCAUAGCGCAGCCCGGCAAUCACAAUGCCAAUGGCCACAACAACGGCGAGGACCACAGUGCUAGUGACCAGGAUGACAGUCUCUGGGGCCACGAUUCCGACAGUGAAAGCGAGGACAGUCGGGCUAGCAAUGACGACUCUAGCAAUUCGGAAAGCAGUGGAAGUUCAAGCUCUAGCUCUUCCGGCGAUUGAGUCAGCACUAAAAUUUCCCAUCAUCCAGAUACUGAGGGGAUAUAUCGGCACUGAUUCACAAUAUCACAGGACAAACUUAGGCCAAAACUGAAUGUAGUAAUCUAUUAUUUUACACCCUCUAUUUUCCGAAUUCCUUGAAUGAUUGAUCACCCUGACUUGAGCAAUACUUUUCUGAGUUUGUAUGACAUCAUCAGCCAGAAAGACGUGGAAAAUAUUCCUCAAGUACAUUUUAAAUCAUGUGGAGGAAUUCUGCUCAUGUACCAAGUACAAUGUAUGCGAGGAGAAGAGAGCUAUGGCUUCUCAAAUAGACGCUGUUUCCUGAUUUAUGACGUCGACAAUGUGAAGGAUGCCUGCUGUAGGGAUGCGCAAACUCAGUGUGUGUAUCCUCCGAGACCAUUCCCACAUCUUCACUGUCCAAACGCAGUGAUCGUAUUCAUAUUCGCUUCACACGAGCUCCUUCUCACGAUAUUUAAAAUUAUUAUCAAUGAAAAAAUCACUUUAUCAUCUCAAGAA